AUGAAGGGGUUGUUUCUCCAGAUGUUCACACUGUAUUGUGUGGUGAUCAUCAUGUCAGUGGCAGGAACACUGAGAGAAAAAUCUGAGACUCAGUCUCCUUAUUCAGUUAUAGUAGAACUGAAACCGAGACACUGCCCGAGGCUUCCCAGUAACUACGAGUGCGGCAGAAGGUGCAAGUAUGCCUGGCAAUGCGGUGUGGGCUACGGAUGCUGCUAUUCUCUCUGUGGUCCUAUCUGCAUGAACGUCAGAAAACAUGAGGCUGACACUGAGGACUAUACACCCGUCACCACCACCACCACGCCAGCAUUUACUUUUUCCAUGACCACCACCCUGACUGGUUAA